AUGGCGCUGGUGAUGGAGCCGGUGAGCAAGUGGAGCACGAGUCAGGUGGUGGACUGGAUGAAAGGCCUGGACGACUGUCUGCAGCAGUAUGUGUGUGUGUUUGAACGUGGAGGGGUGUGUGGGGAGAGGUUGCUGAGGAUUAGCCACGCUGAGCUGGAGGACCUGGGAGUCUCUCGCAUCGGACACCAGGAACUCAUACUGGAGGCUGUGGACCUGCUCUGUGCUCUGAACUCUGGCCUUGAGACUGAGAGUGUGCGGACUCUGGCCCACAAGCUUGGCGCCUCAGCCAAGAACCUCCAGAACUUCAUCUCUGGCCGGCGCCGCAGCAGCCAAUCAGAGAGCAGAACCUCCCGGCGGCUUCCCAAUGACCUAUUAACCUCUGUGGUUGACCUUAUUACUGCCGCCAAGAGCCUUUUAGCCUGGCUGGACAGGUCUCCAUUUGCUGCGGUGGCAGACUAUUCUGUAACCCGAAAUAAUGUCAUCCAGCUCUGCCUGGAGCUUACCACCAUCGUACAGCAGGACUGUACAGUGUUUGAGACGGAGAACAAAAUCCUUCAUGUGUGUAAGACCCUCUCCGAGGUGUGUGAACACAUUGUGUGUGUGUCAUCAGACCCAUUGGUCUCUCAGUCAGCCCACCUGGAGCUGGUUCACCUCACCAACAUCAAACCCUCAGAAGGCCUGGGAAUGUACAUUAAGUCAACCUAUGAUGGCCUGCAUGUGAUCACAGGAACAACAGAAGGGUCUCCGGCUGACCGCUGUAAGAAGAUCCAUGCAGGAGAUGAGGUUAUACAAGUCAACCACCAGACUGUGGUGGGCUGGCAGUUGCGUAAUCUGGUGGGCUCUCUGCGGGCUGACAAAGGGGGCGUGUCGCUGACCCUGAAGAAGCGUCCACAGAGCACGCUCAGCUCCGCCCCUGCACUGCUCAAGAACAUGCGUUGGAAACCCCUGGCUCUGCAGCCAACCAGGAGUCCUGGCAGCAGCUCGGCCACACCCUCAAGCACGCCCACCAAGAGCUCUGCCCUCCAGGAACUUUAUAUUCCACCUCCUCCUGCUGAGCCAUAUACACCCAGAGAUGAGACAGGAGCCUUGUCUGGUGAUGAGGCAUCUCGUAACCAUGGCAACGUCACGGUCGCUAAGCGCUCUGAGUCACCAAACUCCUUCCUGGAUCAAGAGUCUCGGCGGCGAGAAGAGGAGGAGCCUGUGUACUGCACCACACCCACCUACGGCAGACUGAGGCCCAUCUCUAUGCCUGUGGAGUGUAACUGGGUGGGCGAUUAUGAGGAUCCAGCUAAGAUGAAUAGAGAAAGCCGCAGAGAGGCAUCACUGAUGCGCUAUGUGGGAAUGGCCAGUGGGGAGGAAAGGGCAGGCUCUGAUGACUACGCCUCCCACACAACCCGGCCGGGAAAACGGUCCAAUGACACGACUAAACGUGCCAAAAGACGGAGCCACCACAGCCAAAGCCCCUCCCAUUACGUCCUUCAGCCCAGUCAAAGGGAUUCCCCACCGAGAGAUCCAGCCUCCAUUUACCAUACAUACCAACAGUCGUCUUCUAUGCAGACAAAGAACAGGAAGAAGAAUAAAGGUCGGAGUUUGGCCUCGCUGAGCCGCAGGCGUGUGUCCUGUAAAGCUCUGGGCCGAGGGGACUGCGAGGGCUGGCUGUGGAGGAAGAGAGACGCCAAAGGAUACUUCUCUCAGAAAUGGAAAAAGUACUGGUUCGUUUUAAAGGACACCUGCCUAUACUGGUACAUCAACGAGGAGGAUGAGAAGGCAGAAGGCUUCGUCAGUCUUCCAGAGUUUAAAAUCGACCGGGCAAGCGAAUGUCGCAAGAAGUAUGCUUUUAAAGCCUGUCACCCCAAAGUCAAGAGUUUCUACUUUGCGGCCGAUGGAGUGGAUGACAUGAACAGGUGGUUGAGCCGUCUCAACAUGGCUGCCGUGGGCUAUGCUGAACGGGAGAGGAUACGCCAGGACCAGGAUUACUGGAGUGAGAGUGAGCAUGAGGACGACGUCACUUCCAGCCCCAAACAGGACAGCCCCCCUCCUCCAUACGAUACUUACCCGCGGCCUCCAUCCAUGAGUGCAUACCUGGAAGGCAGAACCACUCGCCUGUCCUCCACAGAGACAUCUCGUUCUCGCUCUUCCCAGGAGGACUUCCUGUGUGCUGACCCUGCCGCCGUAGCCAGUGAGCCACAGUACCACCCCGGACCUCUAGGGGGUGGAACCACACACAGCGGCAGACAGCCCGGAGGCAGUAACAGUAGUGAUCUGCAGUACCGUUGUGAUCCUAUAGAGUACCGCUCCAGCCCUGCAGGGGGCAGCAGUGAAACAGGCUCACCUGGCCGCUCCUCCUCAUCUCAGCGUCGUUCAUGGCAGGAUCUCAUUGAGACUCCCCUGACCGAGGCUGGCCUGCACUACUUACAGACUGGACCACUAGAAGAUGCUGUAUUUGCUGAACCAGGCCCAGGGGGCGGGACUAUGGCAGUGGGUGGGGUUUACACGCUCCCUGCACAAAGAAAUGUCCCGUUGCCUAUGGCGAUGCAGAGGCUUAUCCCUAUGGUAACACAGGGCGGCAAACCCCGCAGCUUCACAUUACCACGAGACAGCAACCUACACACGCUUCUCACACCGCCCGCCAGAGAGGAACAGCAAACACACACUGGUGGAAGCGAGGGCGCAUCCCUUGGUGACCUGUUUCGCGCAUGUGAACAGGGCGGGGUGUGUCCUCUGGGCCGCGCCUCAGAGGUGAGGGGUCAGUCGGAGUUCAGAGAGUCAUUCCUCCGCCGGGCCGCCGACCCUCAGCUUAAUGACCGGCUACAUCGCCUCCGCAUACUGACCUCCACGCUGAAGGACAGGGAGGGGGAGUUAGCGUUGAUUGACAGGCUGCUGGCCAAACCCCAGCUGUCGUCGGCAGAGUUCCAGGAGUGGAAGAGAGCCUAUCAGGAGCUGUUCUCCCAAGAGCCAGUCACACCGGCCGAGUCAGACCCAGCCCCGCCCUUGACUCCAUCGCUCUCUCACACACACUCCUAUAUUGAGACCCAUGUCUGA